ACUGAAUGCGUGCAUAGAAGAAGCACAUUUAUUUACACGUGCUUAGAUGCAAUAGUAAGGCUGGAAAUUAUUAAAAAAUGGCUCUUAAACGAUUAAAGACAAAAAAAUCAAAGCGUUUAACUGGCAAGCUCAAGCACAAAAUUGACAAAAAAGUACGCGAACACAACCGAAAGGAACGUCGCGAGGCCAAAAAGAAUCCUAAGAAAGGCAGUAAAAAGCAAAAACUGAUACAGAUACCAAACAUAUGCCCGUUUAAAGAUGACAUACUUAAAGAGGUGGAGGAAGCAAAGAAACGCCAGGAGCAUGAGCGGCAAACCCGCCGGGAAAUCUAUAAAGCAGAACGCGACCAGAACAAAUUCAAGUCGCUGGAGUCGAUGGUUGAAAAUGCCGACAUGCGGAGCACUGUGCACGGCAUAAUGCAUGAAAAUAAUGCUGCUGAUUCCAGUGAGAAGAAAUACAAGAACGCCACCACCAAGGAACAAUCUCUGAAGCAGUACUUUAAAGAAUUUCGUAAGGUAAUUGAGAAUGCAGACGUUGUUCUGGAAGUGGUCGAUGCACGGGAUCCGUUGGGCACGCGUUGCAAUGAAGUAGAGCGAGCAGUGCGCGCUGCGCCUGGUAACAAGCGGCUGGUACUCAUUCUGAAUAAAGCCGACCUUGUUCCAAGGGAAAAUCUUAACAAUUGGAUUAAAUUCUUUCGGCGCAGCAUGCCCGUUACAGCGUUUAAAGCCUCCACGCAAGAUCAGGCGUCAAAGUUGGGACGAAGGAAACUACGCGACAUGAAGAGCGAAAAAGCAAUGCAGGGUUCGGUGUGCAUUGGAGCUGAGUUGCUCAUGUCUAUGCUGGCCAACUACUGUCGCAAUAAGGGCAUCAAAACAUCAAUACGCGUUGGAGUUGUUGGCAUACCCAAUGUGGGCAAGAGCUCUAUUAUAAACUCGCUAACUCGAGGACGUUCAUGCAUGGUUGGAAGCACUCCUGGAGUGACUAAGGCUAUGCAAGAAGUUGAGCUUGAUUCAAAGAUCAAGCUUAUUGAUUGUCCUGGCAUUGUUUUUACCAGUAUUGCCAGCGAGGGAAACGAAAACGCGCACGCCGUGUUAAAGAACGCUCAGCGUGUAGGCGACGUUAAGGAUCCUUUUAGCAUAGCAGAGAGCGUUUUGAAAAGGGCCAGCAAAGAUUAUUUCUGUAAAAUGUACGAUAUUACCAGCUAUGACACCUUUGAAGAAUUCUUCGCAAAGAAGGCAGCCAGAAUGGGAAAAUUUUUAAAAAAGGGCGUUCCAGAUGUUGUGUCCGCUGCGCGUAGUGUGCUGAACGACUGGAACACCGGAAAAAUCAAAUACUGUACUCAACCGCCUGAAAUAAUCGAUAAUACAAAUGUACAUAUAAGUGCUUCGAUUGUACAUUCAGAGGCGCGAGAAUUUGACGUACAUAACUUUGAGUCUAUGGAGACUGACUUACUGAACCAAUGUCCUGAGAAAUCGGAUGAUGUUAUGGAGAUAACGUCGACAGGUCCACUUGAGUUGAGGUCGACGCCUGAAGAAACGCAGAUUGCUGCCGCAGAAAUAACAGAAAGUGAAACGCAGUUAAAGGGUCGCAAGAGAAAAUUGGACGACAAUAAGAAGGAUAAACCAGAUCCUGUGUUGCUUCUAGAGGAGAAUCAAUCCCUUAACAAAAACAUUAAGGAGCUCCAGAAAAAGAAGAAAAAGCAAAAUGUUCGGAACGAGAAGAAAAUUUCGAAAAUAACCGACGUUUUGGACAGCUUUAGUUUAGGUUCGUCAUCAACUAAUGCUGAUAAAUGCGACUUCGACCAGGAUUAUGUUUUUGAAUGAUUAAACUAUAAAAACGUGUUUACAACAAUAAAAAAUUUAUAUUUACUGAA